AUGUCAGUGAAGAAUCCAGACUCGGCCUCGUCCUCCCAGUUGGAUCUUGAAAGCACAGGAGAUAAUUCGGAUGAUCUACCAAUCUACCGCUAUGAUGGACGCCGCCUCGGAGUUUCUUUCAACAACAUCACAGUGCAAGGGCACACGAGAAGUCAAAGGACGGUGUUGGAUUUGCCUGAAAUUCUUCUGCAAAUUCUCAAAGCUCCUGUUCAACUGAUCGAGCAUGUGGUUCGCAAACAAACAAAGCCUCGAAGCAACAUUGUCCAGGGAGUCUCCGGGGUAGCCUUUCCCGGCGAGACUAUGUUAGUCCUGGGACGACCCGGCUCGGGAUGCACCACAGUGCUCAAGGUCAUUGCGAACACUCGGGAAUCAUUUGAAGAAGUCAAUGGCGAGGUCAGCUAUGGCGCAAUCAGUGCGCAAGAGAUGACCAACGAGCUCAAAUCCGAGGUUGUCUACAGCUCCGAAGACGACGUGCAUUUCGCAACCCUUCCAGUCAAACACACUUUGGAUUUCGGUCUGAGUCUCCGAAAGCCCGCAAACAGUUCGAUGAAAGAUUGUCAAUUUUCCGCAGAACUCAGCGCCAAGCUAUUGGGUGCCUUGGGAAUCAACCACACCAAGGAUACCAUCGUGGGUGAUUCGUUUAUUCGCGGUGUGUCAGGCGGAGAGCGUCGUCGAGUCUCUCUUGCUGAGGCGAUGUCCGUCAAUUCUACCCUCGUCAGCUGGGACAACCCAAUUCGUGGUCUUGAUAGCUCUUCCGCCCUGGAGUUUCUGCGACUGCUCAAGCGCAUGUCUCGAGCCACGGGAAUGACGAACGUGGUGACCAUCUACCAGGCAUCAGAGAGCAUGUACCGAGAGUGUUUUGAUCGCACUAUCGUGAUGUAUGAUGGAAGGAUGAUUUUCAGCGGAAAAGUGGGAGACGCUAAGCGGUACUUUGAAGAUCUGGGCUUCUAUUGCUCAGACCGACAAACCACUCCGGAUUUCCUUACAUCUAUCACGUCUCCCGCGGAACGAACAAUUCGAGAAGACUACCAGGGGCCCUUGUACCUUGAUCCAAGCUCUCUGGCACAGGCCUAUAUUCAAAGUCCACAUUAUGCGAUGCUUCAGAAGGAGUUGGCAGAGUAUUCUUACCUAUCGCAAGCUAACUCGAAUGCCAAAGAGGAAUUCUCUGCUGAGGUGAUGCGGGUUCGAUCCUCAAUGGCCCUCAAACACGCUGUCGAGCCUGCCACUUUGUGGAAACAGAUAUUUGUGGGAACAAAACGGUACUACCGAUUGUUUUGGGGGGAUCUGUCAACUUUUAUCACCCUCCUGGCGCUCUGUAGCGUGAACGCAGUGAUCGCAGGCUCGGGCUUCUACGCAGCCCCCAAAACAGCCUCCGGUUCAUUCGAGAGAAGCGGAGCCUUGUUCUUUACACUUGCAUAUUUCUGCUUGAACGCUAUGACCGAAGUGGUAAAGACUGUCAAUGCUCGCGCAAUCCUCCUCAAACAACACAACAUGGGCUUUAUCAACCCUGCUGCAUAUGCUAUUAUCCAGACCAUCGCAGACAUUCCAUCAGCCCUGAUUCAAUCUCUGGUGUUUGCUUGUUGCUAUUACUUCUUGAUUGGGCUUAGCGAGAGUGCUUCGCAGUUUUUCAUAUUCGUUUUAAUUUCCUUUGUUCAUUUCUCGGCCAUAUCAACCAUGUUCCGCAUGUUGGGUGCAUGGGCGCCGAGUUUGAACCUAUCAUAUUUACUCGCUGGAUGUGCCCUCCCAUUCGCUUGUCUCUACUCUGGAUAUGCACCUCCGGUUCCGACUAUGCAUCGAUGGGGCUCUUGGAUUCGUCGCGUUUCGCCGACUCCAUACGCGAUGGAAGCACUGAUUGGCAAUGAGUUCUACAAGAUUCAAUUGCACUGUACCGAAUCUCAGCUGAUUCCAUCCGGGCCAGGAUACAACGACAUCAACCACCAAGCAUGCCCCAUGCAAGGCGCACAUCACGGUUCAGCGCUUGUGGAUGGGGCCGAGUAUGCCAACAGCAUGUAUGGCUAUACCCGUACUCACCUUUGGCGAAACUUUGGAAUCAUCAUUGCCAUGUGGUUUAUCUACGCUGUGCUUGGUGCGAUUGGCCUGACAUUAAUGACCCGAGAUAGCGGCAACGCGACUGGCCCUGUCUACAAGCGCCAUGCUGUCAAGACCCAGAAGCAGACACCCUCCAAGACAGAUCAGCCAGACGAAGGGAACGAGAAGCGGGUCAAAUCAGAGACCUCGAAAGAUGCGAUGGGACCCACUGAACUCACAUGUGCUACCGAAAAGCGUGACCAGCGACCCUCAAGUGUGAUAGAAGAGUCCGUCAACGAUAACCCAGCAUCUCGCCAAGACCGCGCUUCAUUCACUUUUGACAAUCUCAGUUACUAUGUCAACACCAGUGAGGGUGAGAAACAGCUUCUUGAUCAGGUAUCUGGAUAUGUCAAGCCAGGACAGCUUACUGCGUUAAUGGGGGCUUCUGGUGCAGGAAAGACUACUUUGUUGGACAAUCUCUCCCGGCGCAAAGACGAUGGCCGCAUGACUGGUGAGAUUUUGCUGGGCGGCACUGCGCUGAGUCCUUCAUUUUCUCGCUCCUGUGGAUUCUGUAUGCAACAGGAUAUUCACGAACCGACAACGACAGUAUGGGAGGCACUUCAAUUCAGCGCUCUGAUGCGUCAGUCAAGUGAUGUGUCUAGAGAGGAGAAGCUCGCAUAUGUUGAGCAUAUCAUUUCCCUCUUGGAGUUGGAAAUGAUCGCUGAUGCGCUUGUCGGAAGUACUGGGGAUGGUCAACUCAACGUAGAGGAGCGAAAGAGGGUAACCAUCGGUGUUGAGUUGGCUGCAAAGCCAUCUGCACUGCUGUUCCUUGAUGAGCCUACUUCGGGUCUCGACAGCCAAGCGGCUUAUUCGAUUGUCUCUUUUCUCCGCAAGAUUGCCGCGGAAGGUGUUCCGAUUGUCUGUACAAUUCAUCAACCAUCUGGUGUUCUAUUUGAGAUGUUCGAUCAUGUCCUGUUGCUUGCUCGUGGAGGACAUACGGUAUACUUUGGAGAGACCGGACCGAAUGCUUCUACUGUUUCAAAAUACUUUGCCAAGCAUGGUGCUAUGAUGAGAGCAGAAGAGAACCCUGCUGAGUUCAUCAUCUCUACAGUCAAUGAGAAAGGCCCGGAUGGUAAGAGCUGGUCGGAUAUUUGGAGUGAUUCGUUCGAGAAACAUGUCCUCAGGGGCAAGAUUCAGGCCUUGAAUUCAAUUUCCUUUGCUCCAGCUACGGAUGCGAACGCUGAGAAACAAAAGGGCGAGUACGCACUCCCCCUGUUUGUACAGAUCUCUGUUCUCACCCGCCGACACUGGAGGGCUGUCUGGCGCAAUGGACAGUACAAUUUCAGCCGCCUGUUCAAAUGCAUUUUCUUCGCAAUGUUUGUGUCCUUCACAUUCUUUCACGUCGGAAACAACAGCUCCGGCCUUCAGAAUCACAUGCUCGGCGUUCUACUUGCGACUUGGGUUAUCCCCAGCGUUGCUGCUGAUGUUCAUGCAAGUUGGUACGAGAAAUGGUCAAUUUACGAGGCUCGAGAGCGGAAUGGAAUCUAUGACCACAAAGCACUACUUUCUGCCUUGAUUCUUGUGGAGAUACCUUACAGUCUGAUGCUCUUCUCUUUGAUCUUUAUCGUCUCCUACUGGACCUUCGGGUUUUCCAGCACUGCCUCCAUUGCCGGUUUUGUCUAUUUUAUGCAUCUCCUUAUGGGUCUCUUCGGCCUUGGCGUUACCUAUCUGACCGCCGCUUUCCUUCCCAAUGCUACCAUGGCCGGUUACGCCAUGUCAUUGUUCUGGGUGACACUGCUUAUGUUCUCUGGAGCCGUCAAUCCGCGCAGUGCACUCAACUCUUUCUAUCGCCCUUGGCUCUACUGGGCAGAUCCUUUGACAUAUUACUUCGAGCCCACCGUUGCUACUAUCCUCCAUGGUGUUGAGGUCCAAUGUACAUCCGAGGAGAUGGCUGUCUUCGAUCCGCCAUCUGGACAAACUUGCCAGCAGUAUCUGGCCCAAUAUCUUGAAGCUAGCACUGGGUAUUUGGCUAACCCGGAUGCCACCCAAGGUUGCAAAACAUGUCCGUACACGGUGGGAGACGACUUUGCAGAGACUCUACACUUCUUCUAUGCUGAUCGAUGGCGGGACUGGGCUGUGUUUUUGGGCUUCUGCAUCACAAACUUUUUCUUGGUUUUCGUCGUGACGUGGUUCCUCAGGGUGAAAGUCCGCCAGUGGAGGAAAUAG